GUGCCUCCACAAGUAGAAGUUUUGGACGUUCGCAUGUCUGAACGAUUAGGUAUUGAGUCCGAAGUUAAAACUACAGUAUACAGUUUAUCUUCAGGCAUUGGUUUGAUGAUUGGUGCAGUACUUGGCUGGCUAUUUAAAUUUUCCGUUAACAGAAAAUUCUACAGUUGUGUGAAACAGAAACCAACCACGAAGGAAAUGUUUCAUAUUGUCAUGGUGUUAAUGGUUGGCAUACCAGUACUCAUGGCGAUUAUGUGUUUUAUAGCGCCAGAAUCUCCAAAUUUUCCUUACUUUUUCAUAUUUGUGCUAUUAUUCUUCGCACACCGAGCAUUUAUAGAAGAGCUGCGGGAUGAUAUGUUACCGGACGUGUUUGGUCAAGUAAAUGUGAAGUUGGUAGAAGGACUCAUACAGAUGUUUGUAGGAAUAGGGGGAGUCAUUUCAAGUGAAAGUGCAGGUUUUGUAGCAAUGUUAUAUCAAUGUAAUGUAAUGAUAGAUGAAAGUUGAAGUCUAAUUGAACUUUUGUAGGAUUGCAAUAAAUUGUAUCAACAUUAACUUUUAUAAACUGUACUUUCCUUUUCGUUAGUGAUGUUAUUAAGAACUAGUUACUAGUUUCACAUACCUGAUAAAUUAAUAAGAUUGUUUACCAUUGUCUA